AUGGCAAUGCCAAAGGCACCGCUGUUCUUUAUUCUAAUUUCCUUCUCUUCUCUCAUACAUCCCUCCCAAUCCAGGCUCUCCUACGACUACUACUCCAAAUCCUGUCCAAACUUCAACAAAAUCAUUCAAGAAACAGUAACCAGCAAGCAAAUCACCAGCCCUACCACCGCAUCUGGCUCUCUCCGCCUCUUCUUCCACGACUGCCUACUCAAUGGCUGCGAUGCCUCCAUCCUCAUCUCCUCCACUUCUUUCAACUCAGCCGAGCGCGAUGCUGACAUCAACCUUUCCUUACCCGGCGACGCAUUCGACCUCGUCACUCGCGCCAAGACCUCCCUCGAGCUCUCCUGCCCCAACACCGUCUCCUGCGCUGACAUCCUCGCCGCCGCCACCCGUGAUCUAGUCACCAUGGUGGGCGGCCCAUACUACAAUGUCCUUCUCGGGCGCAAAGAUUACCGCAUCAGCAAAUCUUCAUAUGUUGAAGGAAAUCUGCCAAGACCCACCAUGCCUAUGUCUGAAAUUAUCGGUAUGUUUGCUGCUAAAGGUUUCAGUGUCCAAGAAAUGGUGGCACUGAGCGGUGCUCAUACCAUUGGUUUCUCUCACUGCAAGGAGUUCAAGAGCUUUUUAUACAACGACACGCAUUAUAAUCAGAGAUUUGCCCAGGCGUUGCAAAAUGCUUGUGCGGAUUAUCCGAAGAACCCAACUCUGUCAGUGUUCAAUGAUAUAAUGACACCAAAUAAGUUUGAUAAUGUGUAUUUUGAUAAUUUGGGCAAGGGGUUGGGGCUAUUAGAGUCAGAUCAUGGGUUGUAUGGUAACCCAAAGACAAGGCCUUUCGUGGAGAUUUAUGCUAAGGAUCAGAACAAAUUCUUUCAGGAUUUUGCAAGAGCCAUGGAAAAGCUUAGUGUUUAUGGGAUCAAGACUGGAAGGAGAGGCGAGAUCAGGCGCAGGUGUGAUGCUAUUAAUUAA